CCCCCUACAUCAUGCCAUGUUUUUCAUAACCCAAAAACCCUAAGAGACCUCUUUCACUCUAUUGCAACACAAAAACAGUCUUCAUCGUCGCGAAAUGGCCUCUUUUAAUUGCUUUACACUAGCUUUCUUCAUGGCAUUGUCAUUUUCAAGCAUCAACGUUGGCCUAGCGGCUCGUCACCUUCUUCAGCUGCCCAAUCUGCCACAGCCAACGAUCCCCACAUUGCCCACAACGCAACCAUCUUUGCCAUUUCCUAGCAUGCCGUUUCCAACUACCCUUCCAACUUUGCCUAUUACAAUACCGCCAUUGCGGAACAUGCCUUCAAUUCCAGCUAUGAUCCCAUCUAUCCCAUUCUUCUCUCCACCACCUUCUAAAACUAGCCCUUGAAACAUUCCUUUUCUUACAUGUUGCUUGAUAGAGCAUAUGGAUAUCAUCGUCUUGUGUGUUCCUUUAUAUACUAAAAACCCUAUUACCUUUUGUGUGUCUAUGUUUCAGUUUCUUGAUGCUUUUAUUGAUUUCUUGUAUGUGGACAUGGCAGUUGUUUAAUUGCCUAUUUAUUGGUGUACUUUCGGGAUAUAUUCCCGCAUAUGGAUUUAUCUACACUAUCUUUCUUGUUUAUCA